UGAUACAUUCGCUAGAAAAAUGAUUUUAACACAUGCUCGUAUAAUUAAAUUAUUAAUCGUUGUGUUGUUUUCAAAGGAAAUCAUGUGUCAAACAAGCGGAUUUAUCUCCCCUCACACGAUUAGUACUGAUGAGACUAUUGGUUUGACGUCAUUUGCGGCACAGGACUCGCCACACUGCCAACCAAACGAAUACGGACCGUCGUGUAAGUACUGUGUGCCACGCGAUUCUUGCGUCGAUGGCCAUUACACGUGCGAUCCAUUGACCGGAAAUAAGCUAUGUCGUCCGGGUUACAAAGGAGAUGCGUGCGAAAUUCCCGAAGAACGCGACACCGAAAAUGAGUUUCACUUGACGUGCCCUGCCAGCGAGUGCCGCAAUGGCGGAACGUGCAUAUCCGGUCGUUGUUGUUGUUCUGGCGGAUACACGGGCGAGUUGUGCGAGGUGGAGAUUAUUGAAUGCAGGAACGACUCAUGUAUGAAUGCGGGAAUUUGCAAAGACCUGAUCGGCGGAUUCGCAUGCUUGUGUCAACAUGGCUUCACCGGAAACCGCUGUGAGUUGUCAUCGACUGCGCAUGCGCAAACCACCCCGUCACUUGACUCAAACUGCCAAUCGGGCUCAUGCUUGAACAAAGGCCGCUGCUUUGAAAUUGGGGACAGCGUGUUUUGUCUCUGUCCUAAGUGGUUUACAGGACAGAAAUGCGAGAUUGAUUUAAGAACGUCUCUGCAUAAUUUGACGGUGUGUCCAGAAAAUUUGUACGGAAGCAAAUGUCAGACAGAAUGUGAGGCACGUGACACAUGUAACGAUGGCCAUUUCACGUGCAACCCUGAAAAUGGCGGGAAAGUCUGCGAUGCAGGCUGGAGCGGUCCAAAUUGUGACAUUAGACAUCUUCCCAGUCAAAUAGACCCAGAGUGCGGGAAUGGACUCGCCUGUAAUAAUGGCGGACAGUGUUUCCAUGGCGGGUGCUGUUGUCGACAUUCCUUUAAAGGGCAGUACUGUGAGAUAGCUAUAGGUUGUUCAAGCGGCCCGUGCCACCAUAAUGCAACCUGCGUCGACCACGAUCAAGGAUACGUUUGUAUAUGUGACAAGCGAUACACGGGACAUCAAUGUGAAAACAAAGUUAACCAACACGUUGUGGUAACCCUUGCUUACAUAAGCCCACAACUUGCCACAGAGUCAACAUUUCGAGGCCUGACCGAAAGCCAAUCACUGCUAACAAGCAGUACUGACUCCAGUAAAAAACCUACUUCAAUUAAAAGCAGUUAUGUUACCAAGAGCAACAAUGAACCCACGCCUGAAGGUAGCAGGGAUACGCCAUCGUUCGUGCGUAUUACUACCACGACAACUUUUACACCGACCAUAUUAACUAAUUUUGAUUCGAGUUUAAUAACAUCAACAACAAUCCGACCUCGGACCUCAUCUGAAACACACCAGAAAUCUGACACACAAAGCCCAAGCAACUUGCCAAUAACAAUCAACGAGUUGGCAGUAACAUCAAGUCACCACAUUGCAACACUAACUGAUCCUGUGCUCAAAAUCUACCAGAGCGAAUUAACCAUUCCUCAUUUAAGAUCAUCCGAUACAUCUAGCAGCUACACGACUUGUUUUUCUGAAUGUGGAACUUCCGAUAGUACUACAGAAGAAUCUCAAAAGCAUUCAUAUACCGCUACUCGAACCUCUCUUAUCCAAUCCUCAGUUUUGCAUGUCAGCACAUUCCAAUCCUUUGGCAGUUAUUCCCUCACAUAUGCUGGACAUUCCAAUAAUGCGAUUCCGCCAUACAACACCUCUGUUAACAGCCAAGAAAAUUACAGGUCAAACAGGGCCGAGUUAGUUCAGUGGACGUAUUUUUCAUCAACACAUUUUACCACGCAUGGACAUCACCCUCUGAAAACUGACAGUCCAGCUCUGCUGUCUGCGUCAUUUUCAUUCACACGUUUUUCAAUUAACGAACAUACAACGAGUACCGCACCCGUGUCGAAUCCGUCACCCCGCGAUUCUGCGUCGACAAUAACGCAUUUGACCAGCAACGCUGCGAGCUCGUUAAUAACUGCAAACGACAUAGACACAGCUUAUGGACAACUAUCCUCAGCUUUUUCUACGGCUAAUGAGAAACCACACGCAGUUUCUUUAACGGUUAACAUAGAAAAAAUAUCGAAUUCUCGAGCCCUUGUGGACGCAAGCUUAAUCCAGCCAUCAUACAGUUCAGAUUUUGUUCCAUACUUGCCACCAAUUUCAGAAAGAAUGACGUUGACGUUCACCCAACGUGUCCAAAAUGAGGAGAAAAGUGAAAUAGUUAUCAGCAGCAUUUUACAAACCUCAUCUAUAAUUAAAUCCCCGCAUAUCCAAACUCGAACGGUGAUAACUAAUCAUAAUCAUAACGUAUUAUCAACGCAAAUGCAGCCCAUAACAGUUUCAAAAAGUUGUUCAGAUUGGUCCAGCAACUGUGUCGAUGGGGUCAUCGUCGAUAUGCCGCCAGGAAGUGAAGAACCGGAAGUGCCAAAGGGCCCGCCAAAUGAUACUGCCAAUAAAGAAGGGCAAAACUUUCCCUGGGUUGCAGUUGUGUUCGGAAUUCUAGGACUGGUGAUCAUAGCAACUGUUGUGGUAACUACAGUGUCGGUUUUAAGACGGAAAAGAAAGCGCGCCUCUAGAACUCUACGCAAUUCCCCCGAUGAAGUCAUUGAUUUCGACCGGGAGCAUUUCUCUGUCCAACCGGAAUUCACCAACCCGUCGUACGGCAUAGAACACGACGAUGACGACGGCAUAAAACACGAUAUUUACGUCGUCAACGACUGAACAGCGUUGAUCGUUCAUGGAAUUUUCACAGAUUUUCGUACUUGUUAACCAUGUCAAUAAUGUACUUCAUAAUAAAACUAUACCAACGAGAAAAGUGUUAAAUAACUAUGAUAGCCAGGAAAAAUUGUUGAAUAUAAAUUGGCCCCUACUGAGAUCCACACUUUGUACCGUAAAGAGUAAAAGGUACCUCUGCACUUUUUACACGUUCGUUUGUUAAACAUUUAUUUUUCCAAUUAUGAAUUAAGUAAAUUACAAACGCUUUAUAAUUUGAAUAUCACCCAUAAAUGAACCGUUAUUUUGAAAAACAUUUUCAGUCAGGAGUGUUAUUUUGAAUGCUACUUAAUGUAUAAUAUAUAUUUUUUAAUCUAUGUACAUGUAUAUUUGUAUGAAACUUGUGUUCGUAUGAAACUUUAUUCUACCAAAACAUGAACAAUAAC